AUGUACGACCUGGGAGCCAGUAUAAAUUUCUAUAUGAUUCAUGGUGGAACGAAUUUCGGAUUUUGGAAUGGAGCUGAACCUAAUGCUCCGUGCAUUACGUCUUACGACUACUUCGCUCCCAUAUCGGAGGCUGGAGACGUGACAUCUAAGUAUCUGGCAAUAAGAGCCUGGAUAAAGGGUUUGAAAGACUGGAAGAAUAAACCAUUGGAUGUUCCUGAAAACAAUCCGAAAACGGCGUAUGGAGAAGUAAAGAUGGUCCCCGUAGAUGGACUCUACCAUCCACCAAAUGAGGAAAACUGCAUUACUGCCGCUUCACCCAUGUCUUUUGAACAACUCAACCAGCCAUUCGGCUUUGUGCUCUACACCAGGGUAGAAAAGAAGACUUUAAAGUUAUUAUCACUGUAUCAAUUCGAUAUCUUUAGAAAAUGGAAAUUUGCGGUAAAAGACUUUUGGUGA